AUGGCAGCUCGCCAAUCAACACCAACUUCGGAACACUCGCAUUCGGAUAGCAAUGUCCGUAAAAGAGUAUGCAAAGCAUGUGAUCGGUGUCGUUUGAAGAAAUCCAAGUGUGACGGGUCCAGCCCUUGUUCCCGUUGUCGGGCAGAUAAUGCCAUCUGUGUCUUUGGAGAGCGUAAAAAGGCGCAUGAUAAAGUAUACCCGAAGGGAUACGUUGAGAUGCUGGAACAGCAACAAUCCUGGUUGGUCCAUGGCCUGCAGGAACUAUACCGACGCGACAUCGAAGGCGAAGGCUGGCCUGGGGACCGGUUGAAGCUCGAACCCAACGGUCAUCCACUCACCCACGACCUGCUCAUGCGGCUUGGCGCCCUCGAUGGCUCCAAGGGCGAGCGCUUCGAAGAGAACCCCGAAGCCUUACAGCAGGAUCUCUGGCACACCAACGCCGGCAUGCAACGCCAGGAAUCCUCCGACGGUGGCUCCGAUAGCCCCCAGUCCCCCGCCCCCCGCUCGCGCUUCUCGUCCGAUGCGUUCUCCCAGCACAUGCCGCCUACGCCCCCAACGUAUAGUCCCACGACACGUGCGCCUAUCAAGACCGAGCCUCAGAUGCCCAACACCCCGCAAUUCGCCCAACCCAUGUCUAUGCAAGGUGUGGUCAACCCCCUGGCGCUGCAGGGUCCACAACAGUGGCCUAGUAACGGGUUCAAUCCUUUCGAUGAGAUGGAUUUGAUGUCUACGGAUUACUCCACUAUGCCCUUUGACGACCAACAGCUGUCACCAAUGUUCAAUCGCCAGGUACCCAUGAAUUGCCUGUCUCAAGGGUCCUAUCUUGAUUCCAAGAACGAUUAUGAGGAUUUCAACCAGUUCCUCAAUCCGAAUCCUACGGAGAUCACCUCGAUUUGA